GUUGUGAACAUUUUCACCGGACUGAGAACAAGAGUCUCCCCCUGUCUUCUGUAACCGUAUAGAGAAAUGGCGGCGUCCCUGUGCCAAGUCGGCAACACCGUGGGUCGAGCCCUCGCCAAAGCCCGCAGUCCCCUACUGCUGUCUCUCAGGCGUGGUCAGGCCUCGGUCAGCUACGCUCAGAGCCUGGUGGGAGCCCCUGAAACCCAGCUCACCGCUCUCGACAAUGGUUUGAGGGUCGCGUCUGAGGAGACUGGACAUGCCACAUGCACUGUUGGUCUAUGGAUCAGCACUGGCAGUCGCUAUGAGAACGAGAAAAACAAUGGAGCAGGCUUCUUCCUGGAGCACAUGGCUUUCAAGGGAACAAAGAACUACCCUCAGGCUGCCCUGGAGCAGCAGGUGGAGUCAAUGGGUGGUCACCUGAGCGCCUACACAUCUCGGGAGCACACUGCAUACUACAUGAAGACCCUGUCCAAAGACCUGCCCAAAGCUGUGGAGUUGCUGUCGGAGGUGGUGCAGAGCUGCUCGCUGAAUGAGGCAGAGAUAGAGCAGCAGAGGGGCGUGGUGCUGCGUGAGCUUGAGGAAGUGGAGGGCAACGGGCAGGAAGUUUGUCUGGACAUGCUGCAUGCCACAGCCUUCCAGGGCACUCCUCUGGGACACACCGUGCUGGGACCUUCCAGCAAUGCCAGGACUCUGAACCGCCAGGACCUUGUCGAUUACAUCAGCAGUCACUACAAGGCUCCUCGCAUGGUGCUGGCUGCUGCUGGAGGUGUGAACCAUGAUGAGCUGGUCAGUUUGGCCAAGUCUCACUUCAGCGGAGUUUCCUUUGAGUACGAGGAAGACGCCAUCCCUGUGCUGUCGCCCUGCAGAUUUACAGGCAGUGAGAUCCGUGUGCGUGACGAUGCUUUGCCUCUGGCACACAUUGCCAUCGCUGUGGAGGGAGCCAGUGCUGCCAGCCCAGACAUCGUGCCUCUCAUGGUGGCCAACUCCAUCAUCGGCAGCUUUGACCUCACCUAUGGUGGUGGAAAGCAUCUGAGCAGCCGCCUGGCUCGCCUGGCGGUGGAGGAUAAUAUCUGUCACAGCUUCCAGGCCUUUCACUCCUCCUACAGCGACACCGGCCUGCUGGGCAUUCACUUUGUCACUGAUAGACACAACAUCGAGGACAUGAUGCACUGGUCCCAGAACGCCUGGAUGAACCUGUGCACCACGGUGACAGAGAGUGAUGUAGCCAGAGGCAAGAACGCUCUGAAGGCCAGCCUGGUUGGACAGCUCAAUGGAACAACUCCAAUCUGUGAUGACAUCGGCAGACACGUCCUGAACUACGGCCGGCGUAUUCCUCUGGCUGAGUGGGACGCUCGCAUCGAUGCCGUGACCCCCAGGAUGGUUCGUGACGUCUGCUCUAAAUACAUCUACGACAAGUGUCCUGCUGUGGCAGCAGUCGGCCCCGUAGAGCAGCUGCCUGACUACAACAGAGUGCGCAGUGCCAUGUACUGGCUCAGGUUUUAAGACGUGUUGUCUUGUUGCUCUGUGUGUCCCACGUUGGAAACUCCACCUCCUCCCAAACCUCAUCUCGCUUUCGUCCCGUCAUCGCUGCGAGAGUCAUCACCUGAGGAUUGUCCACCCUCUGCUCGGCAGCACAGGCAGCCAUCCAUCCUCUCUCUUCCCCCCUUCCUUAUUAUCCUGCCCAUUGAUCACUCGUAGUCAGCCAUGAGGAUGGCAGCCAGCUUGCAAACGGUAGACAUUGGUUACCUCUUGAUUUUACUGCACAGCUCCUUGUCACCUGCUUCUGACUUGCAGAGUGGAGGGGGGAGAGGGUGGACUUGCAUAUGAUAUAAUCUACUGGACACAUUACAGUCGGUAAUACAUACAGCUUGGAGUAUAUUUAUAAUUUCUGUAAAAUUUGUUUCUGUCCUCUUGUACAUAACAGAAGCCCUCAUUCCAACAAAAAUAAAAAAAUACUGUAAAACACGGA